CUGAUCCAACCUGCUGGAGGAGUCCGCUUAAAUCCAUGGACUUCGACGCCAUCAAACACAUCCGCAACCACUGGGUGGACGAAGGCUCUCCCCCAGGCACCUACGCCCCGUCCUUCCCCAUCGAAAACCCCCCCUGGUCCAACAUGGGUAACUGGGGCGAGGCCUACAAAUUUAUCAACGACUAUUUCAAGUCUUAUAAGACCCCAGGGACCUUCAUGGAGAUCGGCGCUCAGGACGGAGAGUUCAUGUCCCUGACUCUGUACCUGGAGAAGGAGCUGGGAUUCCGCGGGUUGCUGGUCGAGCCAAAUCCCAACGACUACGGAAAGCUGCGCGCGCGGGGCAGGACGGCCAAGAGUAUCAACGCCUGCGCCACGCCAGGCAUCGGGCACAGGGCGGAUCAGCUGUGGCUCCGCGACACGCCCACCAACCUCCCCCCGAUCCUCCACCGCAUUCAGGAGGGAAGCAACAGGCUCCUGCAGUACGUCUCCAGCGAGGACCGCGAGCUGGGCAAGGUCGUGCCCGUGCAGUGCUUCAACCCCGCGGCCAUGGCAGCGGCGGGUCUCGACACGACGAUGGUGGACCUGCUGACCAUCUCCACGCACGGCGGAGAGCUCGACAUUCUGGCGUCCAUCCCGCGCUCCGUCAGGUUCAGGAUGAUCGUGAUGAUCGUCCCGCUGGCCAGCCAAGAGGAGUGGGACGAACUCAAAAAGAUCGUCAAGGCAAGAGGUCUGACCGCCGCCGUCGACAAGUACAACAUCCACAUUUUCAUUCCCUCAGGAGAAGUCAAAGUGGUUUAGGUUAGCUUCAUCUUUCA